UUGUCAUUGCUAAUUGCUAAUUUAUAAGAUCCAACUAAAAUCACGAUUUGAGUGAGGGGAGCGAUUAAGUAAGCAGAAUUUUCCACGAUUCCAAUAGCGGUGGAGUAGGAGAAGAUUGUGUUGUGGCAGUAAAUUGUUAGCACAGCAAAUUGCCAACAGCAUAGUUAAUUGGUGUUUUAUAAAAAAGCAAAUUUUACCGAAACAAAAGUACAAACCUAGUGGUUAUUAUAGAGUACAUAGGAAGUGGAGCAACAACAAUUUUAUAGAACAUUAAUGUUUAUUAGACAAGCCUUAGUAUUAUGCUGUAGACAACAACUGCAGACCCGAUCAAUAAUAAGCGCAAACAACACAAAAAGCGUUUGGGCAAACUCAAGUUUAUUGUUUACGCGUGCUGAAUCAAACUUCAUAUUCCAGCGUAAAAUGAGCGCUUCAAGCACUGCGGCGGCAGGCGAAUCAAGUGGUCUUAAUAAGAUGCCACUAAAGAAACCACAAGAGAUAGAAGCUAUAGUACGUUUAAAUGAUAUUACCAAAUCCGAGCAAGACACAAGAGACUACCGUGGUCUGCAACUGGAAAAUGGUUUGAAGGUACUACUGAUCAGUGAUCCCAAGACGGAUGUUUCGGCGGCAGCGCUGGCAGUACAAGUAGGCCAUAUGUCCGAUCCCGAUAAUCUACCCGGUUUGGCGCAUUUUCUUGAGCAUAUGCUGUUUUUGGGCACCGAAAAGUAUCCACAUGAGAAUGGCUAUACCACCUAUUUAUCGCAAAGUGGUGGCAGCAGCAAUGCAGCUACAUAUCCAUUAUAUACCAAGUAUCACUUUCAUGUCGCACCAGAUCAUUUGGAUGGUGCACUCGAUCGUUUUGCGCAAUUCUUUAUAGGACCGUUGUUUACAGCCAGUGCUACCGAGCGUGAAAUUAAUGCGGUCAAUUCAGAGCAUGAGAAAAAUAUACCAAGCGAUUUAUGGCGCAUUAAGCAAGUGCAUAAACAUUUAGCAAAACCGGAUCACCCAUAUUGCAAAUUUGGUACUGGCAAUAAAGCAACACUCCAUGACAUACCCAAAUCAAAGAACAUUGAUGUGCGUGAAGAACUUUUAAAGUUUCAUAAGAAAUGGUAUUCCGCGAAUAUUAUGAGCUUAGCGGUACUAGGCAAAGAGUCACUUAACGAGCUCGAAGAAAUGGUCAUUGACAAGUUCUCCACUAUCGAGAAUAAAAAUGUUGAAAUACCAACAUUUGAGCCUGAACCCUUCUCGGAGGAUAAAUACGCGCGCAAAGUGCAUAUUUUACCAAUAAAAGACUUGCGCUCUUUAACAAUCAGCUUUACAACACCCGAUCUAACAGAGUUAUAUAAAUCAGCGCCCGACAGCUAUCUCUCGCACUUGCUUGGGCAUGAGGGAAAAGGUAGCAUACUCUCCGAACUGCGUAAAUUGGGUUGGUGUAAUGAUCUAAUGGCUGGGCAUCAGAAUACAUUAAACGGUUUUGGUUUCUUCGAGAUCGUUGUUGAUCUCACGCAGGAGGGCAUGGAGCAUGUUGAUGAUAUCGUCAAUAUUAUUUUCCAGUAUUUGUCAAUGGUGCGCAAGGAGGGUCCAAAGAAGUGGAUUUUUGAUGAAUAUGUUAAAAUAAAUGAAAUACGUUUCCGCUUCAAGGACAAAGAGCAGCCAGAAAAUAUGGUCACAAAUGCAGUUUCCGCAAUGCAGAUUUAUCCACUUGAGGAAGUGCUUACCGCACCAUAUCUAAGCAAUGAAUGGCGUCCAGAUUUGAUUACUAAACUGCUUGAUGAGCUCGUGCCGGAAAAAUGUCGCAUCGUGCUAAUUGGCCAAAGUUACGAGCCAUUGUGUAACGAAAUCGAACCGUAUUACAAAACUAAAUAUGGCUCAUACAAAAUUGAAGCCGAGACAUUGCGGCGCUGGGAAAAUUGUGGUCUCAAUGAAAACGUUGCGCUGCCGCUACCAAACGCUUUUAUACCUACAAAUCUCGAUUUGGCGCCAGAGGAUGCGGACUUAUCGAAACAUCCUAUCAUUAUAAAGGACUCGCCAAUCUUACGAGUGUGGCAUAAACAAGACAACCACUUUUUGAAGCCGAAAGCCUGCAUGACUUUUGACAUGUCCAAUCCAAUUGCCUAUCUCGAUCCGCUUAAUUGUAAUUUGAAUCAGUUAAUGGUUUCACUGCUCAAAGAUCAGUUGAAUGAAUAUUUAUAUGAUGCAGCUUUGGCGGGUUUAAAACUACAAGUGAACACCAAGUCGUCGGGAAUCGAGUUUUCUAUACGUGGUUAUAACGACAAGCAGCUGGUAUUGUUAGAAAAAGUGUUGGAUCAUUUAUUCGAUUUCAAAAUCGAUGAGAAACGUUUUAAUAUAUUGCGCGAGGAUUUUAUACGCUCGCUCAAGAAUUUUAAGGCCGAACAACCUUAUCAGCAUGCCAUUUAUUAUCUGGCUUUAAUACUUACCGAGAACGCUUGGGCCAACAGCGAGUUGUUGGAUGCGAUGGAAUUGGUUACCUAUGAUCGUGUCGUAAAUUUUGCGCGUGAAUUUUUCCAACGCCUGCACACGGAAUGUUUUAUUUAUGGCAAUGUGACCAAGGCGCAAGCACUGGAUAUUGCGGAACGUGUCAAUAAACGUCUGGAGAAAACCAAUUCGAUUGUGUUGCCGCUUUUGGCACGGCAGAUGCUCAAGAAACGGGAGUACAAAUUGUGUAGCGGUGACAGCUAUUUGUUUGAGAAUCAAAAUAAGUUUCAUAAAAGUUCUUGUUCACAACUGUAUUUUCAAUAUGGCCCACAAACGGAUCGUUCCAAUAUUAUGUUAAAUUUAAUUGCGCAAGUUUUAUCGGAGCCAUGCUAUGACGUCUUGCGUACAAAGGAACAACUCGGCUACAUAGUCUUCAGCGGCAUACGCAAAGUAAACGGCGCUAAUGGCAUACGCAUUAUAGUACAAUCCUCAAAGCAUCCAUCGUUCGUCGAGGAUCGCAUUGAAAGCUUCUUGGAGAAUUAUUUGCAAACCAUGGAAGAAAUGCCGUUGGAUGAAUUUGAACGCCAUAAAGACGCUUUAGCAUUGAAAAAAUUGGAGAAAGCCAAAAAUGUUACACAACAGUUCCAUCAAUUCUAUAAUGAAAUCUCUGUGGGACAAUAUCAUUUCGAACGCGAUGAAGCGGAAGUGGCGAUUUUGCGUAAAAUUACGAAGGAGGAGUUUUUGGAGUGCUUCAAGAGCUUUAUCACUCGUGACGGCCCCGAACGCCGCGUACUCUCCGUGCAUAUUAUCUCUACACAAACAAAUGAAGUGGAUAACGAAACCGACGCGGCCGAACCAGAAAUAACAAACAUGGAAAGACACGUGAAAAUCACCGAUUUGGAAACCUUUAAAUCAAGCAAAGAAUUAUAUCCAAUUUGUUUGCCAGUAUUGGAUAUUAAAGCGAAAGGGGCUCGUAGUAAAUUAUAAAUAUUUUGAAAAAGAUAAAAAUAAAUAAAUAACUUACAAACAUGUAUACAAAACUAACAACAACA